AUGGCUCCCAUCCCUCUCCCCACCUCCCAUGUGGCUCCUCUCUCUGUCGAACCCUCCCACAAGUCAACCCCUCUCCUCGAAGCCUGGGUCCUAUCCGACUCUAGCGCAAUCGCAAGCAUCGGCAAGGGCUUCCUCAUCGGAUCCCUCAUCGGCUUCAUCAUAGCCUGUGCUCUCUGCUUCUGGUAUCCCUGCAUUCACUUCUACUACGCCCUACCCGGCGAAGACUACCACAGCUUCCACAUGCCCGACUAUCGCAACUUCCGCCUGCGCCUCCGGCCUCGCGGUGGCUUCCGCGACUUCGCCCGCCGCAGGCUGCGUCUCUUCUUCCUGGGCCGCGAGGAGCGGACCAUCGGCUCGCGCACCGACGACGAGGAAAUUGUUGACCUCGAAGCCGGUAACAAUAUCCCCCUUCAGCAGGGCGUGAACCAAGGCCUGCGCUCCGAGUCUACCGCCCAGCAGAACGACCGACCGGUGUUCCAGGGAUUGUUCAUGUUCAACCACCCGACCAUCCCCGAGCCCAUCUCUCCCCAGACCAGCGCCACUCCAGAGAUCACCAUCACCCCUCCUCCUCCCGUCGUUGCCGCCCGCCCCCGCGACAUCGCCUAUGAGAACGCCCAGAACGCCCGCGUGCGCCAGCAGACCAUCGACAGCAUCACCUGCCCCCGCGAGCGCGCCCUCCAGCAGGAGUUCGAGAGCAACCUCCGCGAGAUCGAGCGCCGCACCGAACAGUCCCCGGCCACGAUGCCGCCCAUCGGCCCCAACGGCCACUUCACGCCUCGCCAUAGCAUGGACGCCAUCCAUCCUCAGCAGAGCGAGGAGACCAGCGGCGGCGCCCCCUUCUGGGGUUGGCUCCGCUUCCCCCGCGUCCGCUCUGAGUGA